AUGAGUUCAUCGACCGCUGAAAAAGCCGAGGUAGAUGCUUUAAUUGCUCAAUUAGGUUCAUCACGAGAUGAUGACAGAAAAACAUCGACUAAUAACAAUGCCAGUGUUGAUGCAAAUGCAGAACGAAAACGUGUUCCAAUACGUCGAAAUUCAGGUUCCAAUUCCGGGACUCAAGUUGUCGGUUCACCAACAGAUGUUCAUGGACAUUUAUUACAAAAGAAUGCCAAGAUCUCCAAGAAGUAUAAUCGAAAAUCAAGACAAGGUAAAGGCCGUGGUCUAGCAAAGAAAGGCGGUGGCGGCGGUGGAUAUACCUGGGGUGCAUUAGGUUCUGAAUUACUUGAAGAAUAUAACGAAGAUUUAGAUGAAGAUGAUUUGGCUGAUUUACAAUAUAAUCAAGCGAAAGCGAAACAUCUUGCUGAAUCGCAGAACCCACCGUCAGAGAGUAAAUCUACUAAAUUAGAAUUGAUUGAAAGCAUGGAGAAAGAUGUAAAACCGUUGAUCGAUGAAUACUUUGUCAAUGGUGAUGCGAAUGAUGUUGCUCAAUGCUUACGCAAAUUCGAUUUUAAACAACAGGGCGGUGGCGAAUUGAUUUCUUAUAUUGUGACAAUGUCAUUGGAAAAAUCGAAUGUUCAUAGAGAACUAAUUUCACGUUUGUUACAUGAUCUUAAUGGCAUUAUUUUACGUCCGAAUGAUUAUAUUAGUGGUUUUAAUUCGUUGUUGGAAUCAUUGAAUGAUUUAUCACUUGAUAAUCCGGAAUGUUCGAGCGAUCUCGGUAAAUUCAUUGCACGUUCCGUUGCUGAUAAGUGUAUUGACAAUACUGGUGGAAAAUACUUCGAUCAGUAUAAAGGCAAUGUGAAAUGUGCGAAAAUGCAGGCAGCGUUGGAUAAAGCCGAAACACUGGUUUCGAUAGGUGACUUUUAUUUUCUGAAUAAUGUUUGGAAUGCUCAAUCAAGUGGAUUUCGACCUGUACGAGAAUUAGCUGAUAGAAUGAAUGUCAUUAUUCAUGAAUAUUAUGAUAGUGGUGAUUCUGAUGAAACAAUUCGGUGUUUGAAAGAAUUGAAUGUUCCACACUUUUUUCACGAAUUUGUCUAUGAACUCAUAGAUUUUUGUUUCGAGAAAAAUACUGAACGUGGUCAACAAUUAACGAUAAGUCUGCUUGAAACUUUGACCAAAUCAGCUGUGAUUACUUAUGAUCAACUUAAAACUGGCAUGUUACGUUUGUUUGACGAUAUCGAUGAUAUUCAACUCGAUAAGAAAAGAAAAUUCUUAAUCAUGAUAUUACAUCAAACGCACCUCAAAAAGGCCGAAAACGUAUCACCAGUGAAGGUGAAUCGACUAAACACGGAAAAGAAUAACUUCCAAUUUAAUCCAAGCGACAACAUGCAACUGACUUGUUUGCGUCUGUUUUUUACUCCGAUGAACAUUAUUAGCUGUUCUCAACUCUUUCAUUUCAGUUGCAAAAAAGUACACACAACAAAAGAACAUAUUUUUCGUUAUCUAAAAACUAAUAAAUCUUGCCAAACAUACAACGGUGAUCUGUUAUUUCGUUUUUUGCACAUUCUUUAA